UCACUCUAAUAUCUAUAAAAAUUGCUAUGGUUCUGAUUCACACGAAAAGUCUUACUGCACUGCAAUUUGGUCUUUGCUUGUAAUAAAGAAAAUUGUUACAUUCUGCCCAUCAUUAAACUCUGAUGUACAUCUAUCUUACAACAUGGCAGCUAUUCAUUGCUAGAUACACACACUAUACAGUGGUGUGGGAAAGGUCUACUGACUCAGACUGUCUGAUCAUGCACUCUGCCCCUAAUAGUCGACUAGUAAUCUGUUGCCUGCAUAUUAGGCAUGGACACAGCCUAUUGUUGGAACAAUAGAGUCAAUAUUGCCAUGACAGAGUCACUUGUUAUCAUUGGCUGCUCUGUGGCACCAGUUAUGGUAGAAUUUAGUUUACUAUUGGCGGGCAGUCAUAUGUGGGUGUAAUUGGAAGCUCUUAUAAGGUUUGUGUUGUUUAUAAUCAAACGUAGAUACUGAGAGAUAUUGUGACAAGAAUCAGUGUAUAAACAGGCCCAGAGCAAAAAAAGGAUCAUUUGGCUAUUAUUGUCUUCAGAUCUAGACAUGUACAAAUCUUACUUUGCUUCAACUAUUAGUUGGAUACUGCUAUUUCUACUACUGCUACUGAUAAACAUUGUCAGCUCAUCAUGUAGCUAUGGGUUUUUGACUUUUAAUGCAAUAAGGUCUCGUUUAAGAAGUUCCCCAGUCAAUGAUCAAAUUAGACUCCUGGACAGUGAACUUAGAAUUAUGCCCGAGAUGUCAUUCACGUGCAACGGCACUAUAAAAGGCAUAUACCUAUCAGGCAGGAUAAAUGGAUGCUGUGGUGACUAUCCACAACUCCUGAUAUGGGAACCAGCAAAAGGAAGCAAUUCCACUUUUGACUUGGUCUCUGCUACUCCUAUUGAAAUAGUUAGGAUUUCAAGGCAUGGGUAUUUUUAUUACGAGUUUGAAACACCACUCUCGUUUUACGAGAACAACGUCCUUGGUAUGUACCAGCCUUCUGAAGAUGAUGGUUUUCAGGUUGCAUAUAAUAGCAGCGUUUCUGAUGCUCCCAUCUCUUAUACCUGUCCUCUUAAAUCUGGCGAUCCAGUCAGUCAGAAGAUUGAUAUUACCGACACUAGGAUUGUUCAACCCAGAAACAGUGAUUUGCUAUUAAUGUCACCAGUAACAAGUGUGGAGUGUCUCCAGAAUGUGCCAGAUUUGUAUAAAGUAAAAAACACUCGCAUAGGCAAUACCAUCACACUAGGCAAUCACAGCAUAAUAUUUCCAAAUAUAGUCUUCAAGUGUGAUGGGUACAUAACCCACUGGUUCCAUGGGCUUGUUUCUCAACAGCCAAGCAAUAUUAGUGACUCUGUCCAAGUACAAAUAUGGAGACCUAUUAUACAAGACAACCUUGGUGAUGGAGGAAGAGGUUACAGGCUCAUCAACUCCACUCCUAUUUCCGUCUCUAUUCGUUCAGACUCUAACAUCAUCAUUAGACAACUUUCCAGGACGACAAUCCGCCCUCCACUUCAAGUCAUGAAAGACGAUAUUGUUGGCAUAUAUCAGCCAUCAGUGACUAGGAGCGAGUUGCUGUAUAAUGAAUUUGGUGGUCCUGAUAAUCUGCAUUUUCAACAAGAAGGAGCUAUUGUCAAUGAGGCUAAUUUGAAAGCUACUUGCUCAGACCAUUACCCGUUGCUAUCUGCUCGUUUUGUUACGGCACUCCCAACUUCAACGGUAACGAUUUCUUCUUCAACAACAAAGGCAACAGCUACAUCCAGCAAGAGUCUUUCUUCUAGUGUUGGGCCAGCUUCUACACGUAUUCCGGAUGGGGCAAGUGAUGGGAUGUCACUGAUGAUCAUCAUUAUAUUAUCCUGUGUGAUUGGUGGAAUAUUGACACUGCUCAUCAUAUCUCUCUUGGUCUUGGUUUUCGUCUUAAGAAAUAAAAGAGAAGCUAAGAAUACUGGUAGCACUUUGCCUCCAUCAGUUCCCAAUGCUGGUGUUAGCAAUGGUAAAAGAGAGAGCAGCGAUCUAGCAAGUAAUUGCUAUGCUCCAACCCAAGUUCCUUCUCCUGCUCCUUAUGUGAAUCCAGUCACAACUGUAGCUCCUCCAUUAUUAAAUCCUAUCCCUCACUCAUCAUCCAUUUCUGAGGACAGCAGUCUGUCAUCAUCAGGUCCUGUUUCUCUUAGCAGUAAUGUUUCCUAUUCACCAGCUGCCAGACCAAUUCCUGUUCUUCCAAAUAUUUCAUAUGCUACAACUGGAAAUAGUCCAAGAGGUGUCAAACCAGCUAUACCGGUUAAGCCAAAUACGGCAUACAAAAAGCCAACGUCUACCCAGCAACCUGUAAGACCUGUUUUACCAGUUAAACCAAAUACAAUUGGUGCUGGAGGUAGCAGGAUCAAACCUAUUGUACCGCUUAAGCCAAAUGUGUCGUACAAUGCCAGAGGAACUGCUAUACCAGUUCAGCCAAACAUCUCAUACAGAGAAGUAGAGUUGGAGAGUAGCUGCGAAUAUUCGUAUGUUUAAACUAAACUAUAAACUAUUCAUUAAUUAUUAUUGCAAGAGUACAUAAUAAUAAUAAUGUACUCUUGAUUAUUGUCAUUGAUAUCAAUUUUUCUUCUGCUGUAAUCCUGUAAUGCAUUAUAAUUUAGCUGUGAUGAAAAGGUCUAAAUUUUUAAUUUUUUUUAAAGAAUAAAAACAAUAAACAAUAAAAA